AAAGCCUGGAUUACGAUUUGGCUGGAUUGUGACCCGUUAUUUCGGUGUGUCGGUGACGAUGGCUUACUACGAACCGGGCUUGGACAUGAACUUGAACAAGGUUAUGCUUAUAAACGAUGAGAAGGACAACGUUGAAGUACUCAAGGAAAUAAUCAAAAGCAAUGAUCAAGAAGAUGCUUUUUAUGUUCUGGAUGUCGGCAACGUCAUUGAAAAACACAAAACUUGGCGUUCUAAAAUUCCUAGGGUAGAGCCCUACUUUGCUAUGAGAUGCAAUCCCGAUCGAAUGGUGGUCUCAACAUUAGCUGCUCUCAACGUCGGUUUUGAUUGUGCCUCAAAGCACGAGAUCGAGCAAGUACUAUCGAUUGGAGUACCAAGGGAACGUGUAAUUUACUCUAGUGCCGUAAAACUGCAUUCGCACAUAAGAUAUGCGCGGAAAGCCGGAGUGGAUGUACUCACGGUCGGCAGCAAUGAAUUGGAACUGACUAAGAUCAAGAGCAUCUUUCCAGAGGCGAAAAUACUCAUUAGCUUCGGAUGCGAUUCGACAACGGAGGUGAGAAGAAUCGGAGCGAAACAGUGUUGCGAUCCGCACAAUGAGGUACCGAAGAUAUUGAUAAAGGCCAAGGAACUUGGAAUUGACGUGCUUGGGUUUAGUUUCAACGUGGGUAAUCAGUGUGCGAAGCCGUCCGCCUAUACCCGCGGAUUGAGAAUGGCAUUGGGCAUGAUUGGUUUCGCCAAGUCACUGGGUCUAGAGGGGAUCAAGCUGAUAGAUAUCGGAGAGGUCUUUCUCGGCGAAAAUGGUAGUUCAAUCAACCAGUUUGCCGUGGCAAUCAACGAGGUGCUCGAUGAGAUUGACCCGUCGAUAAAAAUAAUUGGCGAAACUGGAAGGUAUUACGUCCACUCAGCCUUAACUCUCGCGAGUAUGGUAUACGGGAAACGAUCUGUAGAGGAGAAAAGCGGCACGAGGUACAUGUACUACAUCAACGACGGUACUUAUGGAUCCUUCGGCGAAAUUAUGAGGAAUAUCAAUACCAGAAUACCUCGUCCUCUGAAUAAACCGCUAAACGAAACGACCCAUCUGUCCUCAAUUUGGGGUCCAACGUGCGAUAGUUACGAUUGUGUCGUGCGUGAGUGCGAAUUCCCGGAAUUGCAAAUUGGCGAUUGGCUGGUGUGGCCAGAUAUGGGCACUUAUACGGUGACUUUUGCUGUGAACUUCAACGGCUUUCGCCGACCUGCAGUAUUUUCUAUCAUUACCCGAAAACACAUGGAAUUCAUUGCUAACCAAGCUUCCUGUUGAAAGAUGCGUGCUAUUCUCGGCAGAAGAAAGAAGUAUGGAGCUCUUUCAUCCU